CCCUUUUAGACCUAUUCUUCUUCCAAAGCAAACCCAAUCUUCUCUUCAAGCUCUCAUCGGAAGUCGGGCUCGACUUCCGCCCUUCUCCGACGAGUAGAGCGAUUCGAGCAUCUGCAGCCAAAGGAGUUCUCCCCAGAUUUUACUCUCAGAGUAUAAACGAGAAAUAGGAUUGCAGCCUGAAUAAUACUUUAUUAUGGUGGAAGUGUGGUGGUCCCUCUUGGGGGCUGCUAUCCCAGCAGUUGUUGCUGGUCAAGCUUUUAGAAUGAAGAAGAAACGAGCUGAGGAACAGAGAAUUAAGAGUGCCAGGGGGAGGGAGAAGAGUUCCGAUGACAUAUUUGUCUGCGAGAGGGUCUGUACAUCGAAGAGAAUGUUGAAGAAGGUUGGGGCAUUCUCUAAAGACCCAAUUCCCGAUACUUGUGUCACUGUUUGUGGUGUAUCGGAGCUCGAUGCAUGUUCUGAUGCUUGUGCUCGUACCGUUUGUGUUAACCAGCAUCAGGUACCAAACUGGAACGACAUCUGCCUUCGGAGAUGCCAGAGCGAAUGUCUCAGACUCUCUUCUUCACAUUCUUAAUAUUGUGCUUUCAUUUUGAUCCAAAAUUUGUUUGGAUAAAAAUUGUAGAAAUAUGGUAUUUUGAUCAUAGGAUAUGGUUGGUUUGGCAUUUGAGUAGCCUGUCUGUCUUUUGUCAUAUAAUUCAUUAGCCAAUCUCCUGGUUGUAGCUGCAGAAGGUGAGAGGGAAGAAUUUAGCUGGUUUAUUUUUA